GCCCUCCUGGCUCUGAGCCUGCAGGAUUGUGACGGGCGCAGCUCUAGUUCCCUUCCUCCUCUGCCUCCUUCGCCUCCUCCGCCACCUCUUCUCCCACGCCUUCGAGCAGGCCGCGGUUACCGGGGUAAGCGCUGCGGCUCCAGCGUCUCGGUAUUCCUGCUCCUACAAGAUGACGCUCAAGUCCAGCGAAGGCGAGGGUGGGAACAGCAUGCGCACCGCGCUCUCGGACCUCUACCUGGAACACUUGCUACAGAAGCGCAACCGACCUGAGGUUGCCCUCAGACUUAUCUAUCUUCCUGCCCCAGCCUCCCAUGUGCUAGGAUUACAGACUACAUUGAACCAGUUGAAUGUUGCCACUGAAGACAUGUAUACCAAUGGGUCUACUGCUCCAGGUAGCCCUGCCCAUACUAAAGGGCAAGAGGCAAGGAAAGUGCGUCUCAUACAGUUUGAGAAGAUCACAGAGGAGCCCAUGGGAAUUACUUUGAAGCUCAAUGAAAAACAGUCAUGUACUGUGGCCAGAAUUCUCCAUGGUGGCAUGAUUCAUAGACAAGGCUCCCUUCACGUGGGGGAUGAGAUUCUAGAAAUCAAUGGCACAAAUGUAACCAAUCACUCAGUAGACCAGCUUCAGAAGGCAAUGAAGGAAACCAAAGGAAUGAUCUCAUUAAAAGUAAUUCCUAAUCAGCAGAGUCGUCUUCCUGCACUACAGAUGUUCAUGAGAGCACAGUUUGACUAUGAUCCCAAAAAGGAUAAUCUUAUCCCUUGCAAAGAGGCAGGACUGAAGUUUGUUACUGGAGACAUUAUCCAGAUCAUCAACAAAGAUGACAGCAAUUGGUGGCAGGGGCGGGUGGAAGGCUCCUCCAAGGAGUCUGCAGGAUUGAUCCCUUCUCCUGAGCUGCAGGAAUGGAGAGUGGCAAGUGUGGCUCAGUCUGCUCCAAGUGAAGCUCCAAGCUGUAGUCCCUUUGGGAAAAAGAAGAAGUAUAAAGACAAGUAUCUGGCUAAGCACAGUUCAAUUUUUGACCAGUUGGAUGUUGUUUCUUAUGAGGAAGUUGUCCGGCUCCCUGCAUUCAAGAGGAAGACCCUGGUGCUGAUCGGAGCCAAUGGGGUAGGUCGCAGCCAUAUUAAAAAUGCUCUGCUCAGACAGAAUCCAGAAAAGUUUGUGUACCCUGCCCCAUAUACAACACGACCGCCAAGGAAGAGUGAAGAAGAUGGAAAGGAGUAUCACUUCAUCUCAACAGAGGAAAUGACAAGGAACAUCUCUGCCAAUGAAUUCUUGGAGUUUGGCAGCUAUCAGGGCAACAUGUUUGGCACCAAAUUUGAAACAGUGCACCAGAUUCAUAAGCAGGACAAGAUUGCCAUCCUUGACAUUGAGCCCCAGACCCUGAAGAUUGUUCGAACAGCUGAGCUUUCACCUUUCAUUGUGUUCAUCGAACCUACUGACCAGGGCACUCAGACUGAAGCCCUGCAGCAACUGCAGAAGGACUCUGAGGCCAUCCGUAGUCAGUAUGCUCACUAUUUUGACCUCUCUUUGGUGAAUAAUGGUGUUGACGAAACUCUUAAGAAACUACAAGAAGCCUUUGACCAGGCUUGCAGUUCGCCACAGUGGGUACCUGUCUCCUGGGUUUACUAGGAUCACAGAAUUUGAGAACCUGUUCCAGCCCCUCCCCAGCAUUUGGAAUGUCGUCCCCCUUGCUUAAACCAAACAGGGCUGCUUCAACUUCUAGCUAUCUGGAACUGUCUUAAGGAUGUCAGUAGGAUUCAAGUCUUUUUACUCAGACUCCUAAAGGGUAUAAGUUUAAUUUUCCUACUAUCUAGAUUUCAAAAUGACCUCUGGAAAUUAGCAGUGCUAUCCAAAUGCAAAUGCUGCACAGAAAAACCAAUUAUCCUUAUCCCUCUGAUGCUUGAGCUCCUUUACUUUCAACUAUCUUGUCUCUUUACUCUGGAAUUAAGUAUACUCUGAAACUUUCUAAAAUGCCAAAAUUAAAUAGCUGUGCAAUAGUACAACUGCUCUAGACAAACCCUCCAAAGCAAUAAAAAUUAUGGUGUGAUAAAA